AUGGUGCUAUUUGUUGCUUCUGUGUUAGUGUUGCUGGUUCAGGUGGUGUGCAAAUCUCCGUCUGUUCAACGCCCCACCAGUCAACCACUUCCUAUCGUUCACAAAUAUUAUCAAUCAGGAGACCUUCUCAUUGCUGGCAUUGUUUCUCAUUUGUUUAAGUUUUCUGAUGCUGUCAAAUUUGAAGAGUGUCCCUCUCCCAGUGCCUCUGAUUCUCUUGUCUAUAUUAGCCGAAGCUAUACCUAUCACGCUGCAAUGGAACUUCUCUCCACUAAGGGAAGGUUCAUUCCUAACUACAAGUGUGACAACCAGAACAACUUGGUAGCAGUUUUGGGGGGACCAAAGUCCAAUGUCUGUCUCUACAUGGCACACAUUCUGUGCAUUUACAAGACUCCGCAGCUCCUCUAUGGCUCUGCUCCAGUUUUGAACAACAAAAAAGAAGCCAUUUUCCUCUACAAGAUGUUCCCCAGUUGGGCCAAUGAGAACAUUGGGAUUAUGAAAUUACUGCUGUAUUUCAGAUGGAUAUGGGUUGGGGUGAUCUACGUGGAUAAUGAACAUGGCCAGCAAUUUGCACAGAAGGUGCUUCCUGUCUUUUCUGAGCGUGGUGUCUGCUUUGAUUUCGUAACAAAUUUUCCAGCAGUGACUUUCUCUAGUUAUUUUCCUGAAAUGGUAGAAGGAAACAAUGACUUAACAAAACUUGUCAUGGGAAGCACAGCCAAAGCAGUGGUGGUACAUGGUGAAAUUCAAACCAUAAUAGUUUUGCGAAUCAUGCUGAGGGUCGCAGAAUUUAAAGAGAUACCCAUGAGGACAAAAGCCAAAGUCUGGAUUCUGACAGCACAGAUGGAUUUCACAUCAACUGAACUUCAAAGAAGCUGGGACUUAGACUUCAUCCAUGGUGCUUUAUCCUUUGCCAUUCAUUCUAGGGAAGUCGUAGGAUUUGGGCAGUUUCUUCGGGAAAGAGACCCUGCCUCUGAAAAAGAAGAUGGCUUUAUUGGGGACUUCUGGAAACAGGCUUUUGGUUGUUCACUCCCCAGUAUCACAAAAGCCAUAACCGAUGAACCAGUCUGCACUGGGGAGGAGAAGCUGGAGAGUCUUCCUGGGUCUGUCUUUGAAAUGAGCAUGACCGGCCACAGCUACAGCAUCUACACAGCUGUCUAUGUGGUGGCACAUGCAGUACAUGCCAUGUAUUCGUCCAUGCUCAAACACAGAGCACUGGCAGAUGGAGGGAGAAAUCAGCUGCUGAGACAACAGCGAUGGCAGUUCCAUGAAUUUUUGAAACGAGUCUCAUUCAACAGUAGUGCUGGGGACCUGGUUUCCUUUGAUGAAAAUGUGGAGAUAGCAGUUGGAUUUGAUAUCAUCAACUGGGUCACGUUUCCUAACAAGUCCUUUCUUAGAGCUAAAGUUGGAAGGAUGGACCCCAAAGCUCCCAAAGACAAAGUGUUCACCAUUCAUGAAGAUGGAAUCAUUUGGCCGCACAUGUUUAACCAGGUGCAGCCCCUUUCUCUGUGCAAUGACCGAUGCCUUUCAGGCUACAGUAAGAGAAAGAAGGAAGAGAAGCCGUUUUGCUGCUAUGAUUGCCUUCCAUGUCCAGAAGGGAAGAUUUCAAACCUGGAGGAUACCAGUGACUGUUUUCGAUGCCCAGAAGAUCAAUAUCCAAAUACUAAUCAGGACUUAUGCCUGCAAAAACGUAUAAGUUUCCUGUCUUAUGAAGAACCUUUGGGGAUCAGUUUGGCCAGUUCUGCACUUUCCUUCUCUUUUAUGACAGCUUCGGUGCUCGGUAUCUUCAUUAAAAACCAGGACACUCCCAUAGUCAAAGCCAACAACCGGAAUCUCUCCUACAUUCUCCUCGUCUCCCUCCUGCUCUCCUUCCUUUGUGCAUUGCUUUUCAUUGGCCGACCUGAGAAGGUGUCAUGUCUCCUUAGACAAAUUACUUUUGGCAUAAUCUUCUCAGUUGCUGUUUCUUGUGUGCUGGCCAAGACCAUCAUUGUGGUUCUAGCUUUCAUAGCCACCAAACCAGUGUCCAGGAUAAGAAACUGGGUGGGGAAACAACUGGCCUACUCCAUUGUUCUUUCUUGCUCUUUUAUUCAAACCACUAUUUGUACAGUUUGGUUAAUAACUUCUCCUCCAUUCCCAGAUUUUGACAAGCACUCAAUGACUGAAGAAAUGAUUCUGAAGUGUAACGAAGGGUCAGUGGCCAUGUUUUACUGUGUCUUGGGCUACCUGGGCUUCCUGGCCACUGUGAGCUUCACUGUCGCUUUCUUAGGCAGGAAGUUACCUGAUAGUUUUAACGAAGCCAAAUUCAUCACCUUCAGUAUGCUGGUCUUUUGCAAUGUUUGGUUGACCUUUGUCCCUACCUAUUUGAGCACGAAGGGAAAAUACACGGUGGCCGUGGAGAUCUUCUCUAUCUUAGCUUCCAGUGCGGGGUUGCUGGGUUGCAUAUUUUUUCCUAAAUUUUAUAUUAUUGUUGUGAGGCCUGAACUUAACAUCAAGGGUCAAAUUACAAAAAGGCUGAAUGAAAGAAUUUAA